GCUUCCAUGGAGUCCAAUACGGAGAAGCCUCUUCUUGAGAAAUCCCCAAGCUUUAACAACAACCAGCCUAACCAUCACGAUCUUGACAUAGACCAAGAUAAAGACCAUAACACCACCGAUCCCCCACUGUCUAAAACAUCCAUGGAGGUUGAAGAAGCCCAACCAGACAAUGCCGAGACAGUGAACAAAGGGGAAGAAGACCAAAUCAAUACAGAGAUUGAAGACUCUUCUUCUCUUGAGACUCCCAAUUUCUCUCAAGUCUCUGUAGAGAUCGAUCAAUUCACCUCUAUUUUGUCGAGCUUAAAAAGUGAUGAAUCCGAACUCCCAGAGAUUCCAGAAUUCGCAGAACAAUUUGUUCUUCUUGUCGAAACAAAGAUCGCAAACUAUGAUUCAACUAAUACCCCAUUGAAAUGGAGUCAAAUCACAGAGGAGGACUUGACAACAUUUCUUGAAGCUGUGAAUCGAAUCUUCAAGCUAUCAACAUCACUUUGCAUAUUCUCGUUAGAAUCAAAGUACGGUUCAUCGAUCAACUACGUUGGUGGAAUUCUAAAGCGCAAUGUCAUACUUGGAGGAGGAGUUUAA